AUGGAUUACAAUAUGGAAGACAGCCAGAACUCUGCUCCUGGCAACCAGGCUGCCAAGCUUAACGCUGGCAGCAAGGGACCUGACUCUCAGAGCACUACCAAGAGACUCCAGACUGAGUUGAUGCAGCUCAUGACUUCGCCCGCUCCCGGCGUCUCUGCCUUCCCUUCUGCAGACGGCAACCUCCUAUCAUGGACUGCCACCAUCGAGGGUCCUGACGAUACCCCCUACGCUGGCCUGACCUUCAAGCUCAGCUUCGCCUUCCCCUCCAACUACCCCUACGCCGCCCCCACCGUGCUCUUCAAGACACCGAUCUACCACCCCAACGUCGACUUCUCAGGCCGCAUCUGCCUGGACAUUCUCAAGGACAAGUGGACUGCUGCUUACAACAUCCAGACUGUUCUGUUGAGUCUGCAAAGCUUGCUCGGCGAGCCCAACAACGCGUCUCCUUUGAACGGUGAGGCCGCUGAGUUGUGGGACAAGGACACUGAAGAGUUCCAAAAGAAGGUGUUGGCACGUCACGUAGAUGUUGAGGACGAGUAA